AAAAUAAGCUAAAACCCAUUUAGUCAUACUUCUGACAACAAAUUGGGCAAGAAAUCCUCGGUGGGAAGUCUCUUAACAUCCCCACCCAAAAUAAUUUCUGCAGGGAGAAGAAUUAUUAUAGUCUUGAGGAUAUGACCAGGAAUAGAAAGGAUAAAGGCAGUCGUCAAAGCAUAAAAGAACCCUACAAGUUGCCUCUUGUGUGGAUCAAAUUAGAAACGACGGGCUUGAAUGUUGAAGUAGAUAGAAUCUUGGAGAUUGCUUGCAUGGUUACAGAUGGAAAGUUGAGAGAACUGGUUGAGGGUCCCGAUUUGUUCAUUCAUCAAACAAAAGAAUCUCUUGAUAAAGUGGGAGAAUGGUGCCAAGAUCAGCACGCAGGUGGUAUGACCAAGAAGGUGAGACAAAGUGCAAUUAGUGAACAAGAAGCUGAAGAACAGGUUAUAGAUUUUGUGAAGAGACAUGUCAUUGGAUAUACUCCGUUGCUUGCAGGAAAUUCAGUUUAUGUUGACUUAAUGUUCUUGCAGAAAUACAUGCCCAGAUUGGCUUGUCUUUUCUCUCACGUUCUCGUUGAUGUCAGCAGUAUCAUGGCUUUAUGUUGCCGUUGGUUCCCUGAAGAUAAGAAGGCACCUCGAAAGGAGAAGAAGCCUCUAGCCAUAGAUGACAUCAAGGAUAGCAUAGUGGAGCUCAAACACUACAAGGAACAUGUAUUCAAAUCAUCAAAGUCAAAAAGGUAACUUUUGAACAUAGAGACCAUGGACGUGGUGCUCUUCGUUUGAUGGCUCAUGACACCUCAUAAGUCGUUAGUUGUGGCAUGUGGUGCUUGGUUGAUGACCCGUGUGACCCUUUUAUGGACUUGAGUUAAAUGUGCCGGUUAUACCAUCAUCAAACUUGUUUAAUGGCAGAUGUGGCACAAGUUGUGAUGUGUGAUUUUGUCACUUCUCAAGUUUUAACCUGUAAGCUUCCUUUUUUGUAUAAACUUUUUUUAAGAGUGUCAUCAUAUUAUCACAUUAUUAGCAAUGUAUGGUUAUCCCGAUCCUUUUGAUCGGUUUAAUCCAAGGGAGUAAGAAAAGAUUUUGCAUUAGAUUUGGUGUAUAUUUUAAUAAAACUUGGUGCAAAUUCUAAUAAAAUUUGGUGCAAAUUCAUUUCAA